AUGGCUGACGUCAGCGCGAGAUGCUCUGAGCGGCGUUACUCCCGACGCGCUGCUUCUGCUACCACCAGCGCUGGCGCUGAUCUGCCGAGAGCCAGUGCUGAAGCGGUGGACGUGGCGAGGGCCGAUGCUGAUGUGGCGGAACAUGACGGUGACGUGGCGAGCGCAGGGAGCACGAGGGAGGCGGCGGUGGCAGCGGGGCGCGGGAAGGGUCUGCUGGCGUUCUACGCGGACCACCACGUGGUGCCCCUACCCGCCGGCCACCGCUUCCCCAUGGACAAGUGCGCUCCGCGUCUCGAGUCGCCAGGAAUGAUAUACCGCAGCACUCGCCUUCUCCUGCAGUCAGAUGCAUCUCUAGAUCGUAUCCUGGCCGUCCAUCCUGCACCUCUUGUCUCAUGGGUGGAGCUUCAGCAGGUGCAUGAGGAGGGCUACUUGACGCGGCUAUUCACACACGCGCUCUCAGAGCAGGAGCAGCGAGUGCUGGGCUUCCCCUGGUCGCCGCACCUGCUGCUGCGCUCACAGGCCUCGUGCGGCGGCACUGUAGCAGCCACCCACGCGGUGCUGAUGGGGCUCAGGCGGGCGGCGGGGGUGCUGGCGGGCGGCACACACCAUGCGUUCCGGGGGCACGGGGAGGGCUUCUGUGUGUUCAACGACAUAGCAGUGGCAGCGCUGGCAGCACUCACGCACCACCCCACCGUCUGCAAUGCCGACCGGCCCAUCCUGGCCCUUGAUCUCGACGUGCACCAGGGCAACGGCACGGCGAGCAUAUUCGAGGGCGACCCGCGAGUGGUGACAUUCUCAAUGCACGGCGCCAACAACUACCCGUGGCGCUCCAAGCGCCGCUCCGACUACGAUGUGGAGCUGCCCGACGACACGGGGGAUGCUGCUUACCUCUCCCUGCUCGAACAGUGGCUUCCGAAGCUGUUUGAGCACCACCGGCCGAGCCUCGUCAUGUUCCAGGCAGGGGUGGAUGCUCUUAAAGAGGACAGUUUUGGCAGGCUUGCAAUGACAAGGGCUGGCAUGCUGCGGAGGAACAACAUGGUAUACAGUGCUUGUAUCGACAACCACGUGCCCUGCAAUCCUCCGCGCUUCGUGCUUGCCUCUGCUCUCGCCUCGUACAACCUCGUCUAUAUAUCGCACUGCGCACCGAUGGCUGCUGCUCCGCCUCUUACAGCUAGUCCGAGCAAGGCGGCGUCACCGUGCGCGGGCGGGGAGGUCGCGCCAGCCAUCCCAGGCAUGACGCUGAGCCCGCAUAAGCCGACCUCCGCCGCCGCCGCCGCCACCGCGGAAGGGCCGCUCUCCAUCGUCAUCUUCGGCGCGUCGGGCGACUUGGCGAAGAAGAAGACGUUCCCCGCGCUCUUUAAUCUCUUCCAGCAUGGCUUUCUCCCCGCUGGAGAGAUCCGCAUCUUCGGAUACGCGCGCUCGCCGAUGACGGCGGAGCAGCUGCGCGAGAAAAUCAAGGGCUACCUCAAGCCCAAGGGCGACACGGCCCCCGCCCAGGACCCCGUUGCAGAUUUCCUCAGCGUGGUGGAGUACAUCCACGGCCCCUACGACGGCCGGGACGGCUACGCCAAGCUGCAGGAGGCCAUGCUCGCAUUCGAAAACACCACCGCUCCCACCGCCACCACCAGCGACAGUACCACUGGCACCACCAGUGACAGCAGCAGCGGGGCGACGAGGCGGCUGUUCUAUCUGGCGCUGCCGCCGUCGGUGUACCCGCCGGUGUGCGCGGAGGUGCGGCGGUACUGCAUGAACGCACGCGGGUGGACGCGCGUCAUCGUGGAGAAGCCGUUUGGGCGCGACCUGGCGAGCGCGGAGGCGCUGAGCGGCGAGCUGGGGGCGCUGUUCAGCGAGGAGCAGAUCUACCGCAUCGACCACUACCUGGGGAAGGAGGUCGUCCAGAACCUGUUGGUGAUGCGCUUUGCCAAUCGCUUCUUCGUGCCGCUGUGGAACCGAGAAAAUGUCGCCAACGUGCAGGUGGGUGGUGGGUGCACGCACGUGACACGUGCCAUGUGGUGCUUCUUGUCAUUGCAGCCAUGUGGUGCUUCUUGUCAUUGCAGCCAUGUGGUGCUUCUUGUCAUUGCAGCCAUGUGGUGCUUCUUGUCAUUGCAGCCAUGUGGUGCUUCUUGUCAUUGCAGCCAUGUGGUGCUUCUUGUCAUUGCAGCCAUGUGGUGCUUCUUGUCAUUGCAGCCAUGUGGUGCUUCUUGUCAUUGCAGCCAUGUGGUGCUUCUGAUAUCUGACUCUGCGCUUCUGUCGUUUCCAUCCCCUCGCUCCUCCUUCCCCUUGUGCAGCAUCAUUCGGGACAUCAUUCAGAACCAUCUCAUGCAGGUGCGCCGCCCCUCUUGCCCUCUCCAUCGCAUGCCAUUCUCACCUGCCGCCCCUUUUUCCACUCGGGAAGCCAAUUUCGGUGCUUCUUCUAUCAGCCUUCCUUUACUCCCUUACGAUACCAACUCCUCCUGCCCUCUUCCCCCCCUCUUCCCCCUGGUGCUGUGCCUCGUGGCGAUGGAGAAGCCGGUGUCGGUACUGCCGGAGGACAUUCGUGACGAGAAGGUGCUGUGUCUCGUAGCAAUGGAGAAGCCGGUGUCAGUGCAGCCAGAGGACAUUCGGGACGAGAAGGUGAAGGUGCUGCGAGCCAUACAGCCCAUCAGGGAGGACGAGGUGGUGCUGGGGCAGUACGACGGCUACACCGAUGACCCCACCGUGCCAGAUGGCUCCCACACGCCCACCUUCGCGUCGCUUGUGCUGCGCAUCAAGAACGAGCGCUGGGAUGGGGUGCCGUUCAUAAUGAAGGCGGGCAAGGCGUUGGAGUCACGCAAGGCGGAGAUCCGAGUGCAGUUCCAUGACGUGCCGGGCGACAUCUUUGGCUGUGGGCGGAACUCGCGGGACGAGUUUGUGAUGCGCCUGCAGCCAUCAGAAGCCAUGUACAUGAAGCUCACGGUGAAGAAGCCGGGGUUGGAGAUGGCAGCGACGAUGAGUGAGUUGGAUCUGAGCUACAGCCAGCGCUACUCAGGAGUGGUCAUCCCCGAGGCCUACGAGCGCCUCAUCCUCGACAGCAUCAAUGGCGACCAGCAGCACUUUGUGCGCCGAGACGAGCUCAAGGCGGCGUGGGAGAUCUUCACGCCGCUGCUGCACCGCAUCGAUCAGGGCGCCCUCCCCCCGCUCCCUUACAAACAAGGCAGCCGGGGCCCCGACCACGCGGACGAGCUGGCGGAGCGCGUGGGGUACCGCCGCACUCAGGGGUACUGCUGGAUUCCGCCGACCCUCGCGGAAUAG